GGAGCGCAGCCGUCGCAGCCCGAGGUCGUUCGGCCUCGGGUCCGAGCCUUCCGGGUCAUGGACACCAGCGACCUCUUCGCUAGCUGCAGGAAAGGGGAUUUGGCCCGAGUGCGGUACCUGCUGGAGCAGCGCGAUGUGGAGGUGAAUGUUCGGGACAAGUGGGACAGCACCCCCUUAUACUAUGCCUGCUUAUGUGGGCAUGAGGAGCUGGUACUCUACCUUCUGGCCAAUGGCUUGCCCCCAGGGCCUUCUCCAGCCGCAUUGUGCAGCCAAUGCCCUGCUGACUGGGAGCCCUGCCACCCCAGGAGCCCGCUGCGAGGCCAACACCUUUGAUGGAGAGCGCUGCCUCUAUGGGGCGCUGAGCGAUGCCAUCAGGCGGGCACUGCGAGACUACAAGCAGGUCACAGCCUCCUGCAGGAGGCGGGACUACUACGAUGACUUCCUGCAGCGGCUUCUAGAACAGGGCAGCCACAGCGACGUGGUGUUUGUUGUGCACGGGAAGCCGUUCAGGGCACAUCGCUGUGUCCUGGGGGCACGCAGCACCUAUUUUGCCAACAUGCUGGACACCAAAUGGAAGGGCAAAAGCGUCGUAGUCCUCAGGCACCCGUUGAUCAACCCUGUGGCCUUUGGGGCCCUGCUGCAGUACCUGUACACAGGCCGCCUGGACAUUGGCGUUGAGCAUGUCAGUGACUGUGAGCGCCUAGCCAAGCAGUGCCAGCUGUGGGACCUGCUCAGCGAUCUCGAGGCCAAGUGUGAGAAGGUGUUCGAGUUUGUGGCCUCUAAGCCAGGCACAUGUGUGAAGGUCCUGACCAUCGAGCCACCCCCAGCCGACUCCCGCCUGCAGGAGGACCUGGCACUGCUGGCCGACUGUGCCCUGCCCCCUGAGCUCCGUGGCGAUCUUGGGGAGCUGCCCUUCCCCUACCCUGAUGGCUUCAACAGCUGCCCUGACAUCUGCUUCCGUGUGGCUGAUUGCAGCUUCCUCUGCCACAAGGCCUUCUUCUGCGGCCGCAGUGACUAUUUCCGGGCCCUGCUGGAUGAUCACUUCAGAGAGAAGGAGGAGCCGGAGGCCUCCGGGGGCCUCCCGACCAUCACGUUGCACAACAUCGCCCCCAACAUCUUCACCCACGUGCUCUACUACAUGUACAGUGACCACACUGAGCUGCCCCCCGAGGUGGCCUAUGACGUGCUGUGUGUGGCUGACAUGUACCUGUUGCCUGGCCUGAAGCGGCUGUGCGGCCGCAGCCUGGCCCAGCUGCUGGAUGAGGACAGCGUGGUGGGUGUGUGGCGUGUGGCCAAGCUGUUCCGCCUGGCUCGGCUCGAGGAUCAGUGCACUGAGUACAUGGCCAAGGUCAUCGAGAAGCUGGUGGAGCGAGAGGAUUUCGCACAGGCGGUGAAGGAGGAGGCUGUAGCUGUGGCGGCCCGGCAGGAGACGGACUCCAUCCCGUUGGUCGAUGACAUCCGCUUCCAUGUGGCCAGCACCGUGCAGACCUACAGUGCCAUCGAGGAGGCACAGCAGCGGCUGCGGGCGCUCGAAGACCUGCUGGUGGCCAUGGGCCUGGACUGCUGACCUGCCUGGGUGGUGGGCCUUUGUGCUUGGCGGCUCUUCCGUUCCUUGCAUGUCUGUGGGGGGUGUGGCUUGGCGGGCUCCUCCCAUCCCACCUGGCUGUGAACCCUGGGAAGGGUCACCUGGGGGUAAGCCCCUUCCCCUCAAGUACAAACCAGCCUCCAAGCCUGGGGCUGGGCACCACUCAGGGAAACCUGGGGUGAGUGGGCUCUGGCGCCCAGUGCCACCCUCCACCCACAGCCCUCUAAGGGCCUGCUGGGCCAGCCUCCUCACCCACCAGGUCUGGCCGUGCCCCUCGCUUCUCUGACCUGGCUUCCCACCUGCACUCAGCAGGCCGGGAAGGCCCAGGAGAACCUUUGUGUGACAAUAAAGCUUGAAUUCACCUAGGAAAGCGUGAGCCUUUGUAG